UCAUCGCCCUCUCCUGUCAGUAGGAAAAAACCAGGAUGUGAAUGAUGUUGCCAGCUAAGCGGGCAGGAAACGUCUGUUUUUAUUGAUUAACACGGCGGAAUAUCAGCUCACAGUGUUCCGGAGAGAUUCAUGAAAGGCUUUUAUUAGUCUGACACCUGAAAACACACACAAAUAACUCCCGGUCUCUGUCGGCUGUUGAGAGGAGGGCGGCAGGAUGAGUGGGGCAGCUCUGGGUAUCGAGAUCGUGGUGGUGUUCUUCCUCGCUCUGUUCCUGCUGCACCGGUAUGGAGACUUCAAGAAGCAGCAGCGCAUGGUGCUGUUCGGCACGCUGCUGGCCUGGUACCUGUGCUUCCUCAUUGUCUUCAUUUUACCCCUGGACGUCAGCACGACCAUCUAUAAGCAGUGUAAGAUAGACCACGCCUCUGCCAACCCAAUACCGUCCAAUCACACAGCAGCAAACACAUCUGCCACACCCACUAAAAGUGCACCAACGGCGUGCUACAAGCCGUGGAGCUACAUCCCUGAUGGCAUCAUGCCCGUGUUCUGGAGGGUGGUGUACUGGACGUCUCAGUGCCUCACAUGGCUGUUGCUGCCCUUCAUGCAGUCGUACGCUCGCUCAGGAGGCUUCUCCAUCACCGGGAAGAUCAAAACAGCCCUGAUAGAGAACGCCAUUUAUUACGGGACCUACCUGCUCAUCUUCGGCUCUCUGCUUAUAUACGUGGCUGUUCAUCCUGAGUGGCACCUCUCCUGGUACGAGCUCCAGACCAUCGGGAUCACAGCAGCCAACACCUGGGGCCUGUUCCUCCUGGUGCUGCUGCUCGGGUAUGGUUUGGUGGAAAUCCCUCGCUCAUACUGGAACGCUUCUCGUCACGGUCACUUACUCAUCAAGACGUACUUCAAGGCGUCCAAGCUGAUGACGGAGAAAGCAGACGCAGAGGAGAACCUGGAGGACGUGAUGGAGGAGGUGAGAAAAGUGAGUGAAUCCAUCAAGUAUAACCAUCCGCUGAGGAAGUACAUCGACACCAUCCUCAGAAAGUGCCCCGUGGAUUACCAGGAGAAGAUGGGCAGGAACAUGGACGACUACGAGGACUUUGAUGAUAAACAGAACACUUAUCCGAGUGAGAAGAGUCUGGUGAAGCUCCAUAAACAGGUGAUCUACGCGGUUCAGAGACACAACAGGACUCGGGUCCAGUGGCAGAUCCUCCUGCAGCAGGCCAUCCAUCUGGAGGACGUCGCCAAGAACGAGACCAGCUCCACCCACCAGUUUGUCCACAGCUUCCCGUCGUCUGAGCCAGCUGGCUGGUUCAGCAGAUACGUGUACACGCCGACCGUAGAAUGGUACUGGGAGUGUCUCCUGAAGACCUGGUUUUACCGGCUGCUGUCUGUGGUCCUGACUCUGUUCAGCGUGGCGGUGGUUUGGUCUGAAUGCACCUUCUUCAGCACCCGGCCCGUCCUCUCUCUGUUCGCUGUGUUCAUCCAGCUGGCUGAACGAGACUACAACUACCUGUACAUCGAGAUGGCGUGCUUUGUCACUAUCUUCUUCCUGUGUACCUGUGUGUACUCCACUGUGUUCCGCAUCCGUGUUUUUAACUACUACUACCUGGCCUCCCAUCACCAGACUGACGCUUACAGCCUCCAGUUCAGUGGCAUGCUGUUCUGCCGUCUGACGCCUCCUCUGUGUCUGAACUUCCUGGGUUUGAUCCACAUGGACUCUGCCAUCUCCCACCAGCAGAAGGAGCAGACUGCGUACACCUCCAUCAUGGGAUCCAUGCGUGUCCUCUCUUUCAUCGCUAACGGCUUCUACAUCUACUACCCCAUGCUGAUCGUCAUCCUCUGCAUUGCCACGUACUUCAGCCUUGGGACUCGCUGCCUCAACCUCCUGGGCUUCCAGCAGUUUGUGGGUGACAGUGAGAUGACCUCUGACCUCAUCGACGAGGGCAAGGAGCUGAUCCGACGAGAGAAAAGGAAACGGCAAAGGGUAGAAGACGGAGAGAACAGACGCAGAGAAUGGAAGGAGCGUUACGGAAACUCGAGGGACGAGUACACGGCGAGGAACAGAAGCAGCCAUGAGAUGAAGGAGACCAGUUACUCAGACACCGUGACGCCCAGAGACAACAGACAAGCUAAAUACUCUCGCUCUGGAGGCCGGGCGGAGAGGGACUGCAUGGAGCUGCUGCAGGACGCUGAACCUUUAGACUUCAACGCUGAGUCUCUGACAGAUGACGCUCUGGACUCAGAGUCUGGGAGACAUGCAGGAGGACGAUAUCUGUCCAUGUCUUCGUCACGCAGCCGAAUAUUCGACGACGUCUGACGGGAAGAAGAAAGGAGAAGGGGAGCCAUAAACUGGAACACGCAUUAAAGUUUGAAGGAAGUGAAUGUACCACAUGACCUCUGUUUCCCAGGAUGCACGGUAACUUAACAGCAGGUGGCCUGUGUCAGUGACGGUCUGUCCCCCUAAAUGAUCCAUAAUCCUGUCCAUGAAGGCUAAAGGAAUAUUAAAGCUAACCAUGUUACACUAACUGUCAUGGAGACACGUCUAAAACCCCUGCAUGUCACGGAGGCAGGGGGUGCUCUAACCGUCUGAGCAUGCUCUAAAAGAGAGUCACACCCUGCUGCAUGUCGUCACUUUCAUCACAGGUCACAUGAAGGAAGGUCAUUUAUAUUUGUGAAUGUAUUUCUCUUUUUGUCAUGUUUGAAACACGAUCACUCACAGCUUCACUUCAUCUACAGCUCACAGCAAGAGAACCCGAGUUGUCCGUCAUGUUAAAUCAAAACGACUGCUCGGGGACUCGGCCCGCUGACGCUCUUCUGCGGCGUUCACACGGGACACUCCGCCCCCUUGUCUCCUCAAACAGUCCGACCGAGUGUGAAGCCAUAAACGGUUUUAAGAGAAGUUCACUUCCUGCCCUGAUGGUUAGAAAAUGUUCCCUCUUGGCUUGUUACAAUACCAGAAUUUAAAACUGUGAUGAGAUUCUAGUAAAAAUCAAACAUUGAUACCUGUUACCACGGCAACACAAAUAGAAAUCUUAAACCCUGUUCAGAGCGCCGUUUCCAGCCGCCAUAUAUACACGCCUGUGAUGUUUCUUCUCCUAUCUGAAUGUUGUGGCGGCGUAAUGACCCCCCCCCCCCCCCCCAAAGUCUAGGGUUAUGCUGCGGGCCCCAUGUUGGGAGGCUGUUCUCAUUGCAGUGUCCCUGGGUUCAAAUCCGACCCCUGACCCUCUCCUGCGUGUCGUCCUCCACUCUCUCCUCCCAACACUUCGUGUUUCUCUCCUGCUGUCCGUUCUUAUAAAGACAAAAAGGCCAAACAAUAUAACUUCAAACAAACAGAGAAGAAUUGUUGAUAACCUCGGCUGCUUCAGCGCCACAUAUUGGUCAAAGGAAUCCAAAUUUCUUCCCUCAGAAAUCUCAUCCACACUUCAGGCUCCAAUAACUCCAAGUGUGAAGAGAAUACGACACGUUUCAACAUAAGCUCCGCCCACAGCGCAAGAGCAAACGUAUCAGACAUUUAGAAGAACCGUGUUGGAAAUAUAAAAUAUAACGAAACCCGGCGCGGUGCAGAAAUAUGUUGAAGUAGUGAAAAACUCAAGGGGCGGGGCUUAAAUGAUAUUUUUCUUCUUGUGAUAAUCCUUGGCUUCACCUUGCAGACCCUCUCACCUACAGUCUGUGGUAACAACGGUAACACACAGGUCUGGCCCUUUAAAUGUGUUAGCAUGUAGCAUUAGCUCAGGGGCUGAUGACGAGCUCCUGCUGGCAGGUUCAGUGACCACGUUCACAUCACGCCGCCCUCGGUCCAUAUCAUGUAUAUCAUGUCAUCCUCUGCUAUGUGUAUAUAAUGUAUGAUAUCUUUUUGUAUGAGUCGGACUAAUUCAUGAUGCACAGAAGAAUUCAUGUGACUUUGUAUUUAUUGUAUUUCCUGGUAACGGAGCGUCAUCAUCCUGCUGAUUCUGAUGUUUGAUUAUAUUUAUUCAUGACGCUGCAGGUGGAGCGUAGAUAUCACGAGUUCUUUACUGUCGUGACUUAUUUAGAGAAACAAUGAUGUAUGUUUUAAUCUGCUGCCAGUGUUGUGUCAAUAAAAGAGAUCCAAUGU